AUGAAAAUCAUUAUCCGCCUGACCCCGCGCCUCAUAGUUCGAAAACUACAGACCCACCAGGUGGCCAAGGCAAUCGUCCAAGCCACGGGAGGUGCGCCGGCCUGCAAGGGGGAUGAUUUCAUCGUCCGCCUGCGACACGGCUCGAACAUCAUCAUCGUGAGCACCCCUCACGAGGCCACGGCGGCCACCCUCAUGGAAAUUAUAAGCCUCUACUUUCACGGACGAUCACACCCUGUGAAGGUCUAUCUAUCAACACCCGAGGGCCUGCUUAAAGGUGUCGUACACGGCAUCGACGCCGGCACCGGCGAAGCCGAGCUUAUGGCGAAUCUUCGGGUCCGCACACAUGGAGUCCGCAUCGUGCGGGCCCGUAUGCUCGGACAAUCCCAGACAGCCCUACUCCACUUCGAGGCACCCCAGGUACCUAGAUUUGUGUAUUACUACGGAGGGGAGAUGCCUUGCCGAGACUACCAGCAGACAAGGCAGUUCUUCUCCAUCUGUAGCAUCACCGGACACCGACCAGACGUCUGCCCCAACCCAACGUGCGCCCUGUGCGGAGGGGCCCAUCUCACGGCCGCAACAGAGUUCAACAAGCUCAAGCGCAUUCCACCCAGAUGGAAGCCUGCCUCCACCACCACACCCAAAACCCAACGACAGCCCCGCCCGGUCACUCAGUCAACCAAGGCGGCUGACCUUCGCCCGCGAUGGUUCAGCUCCGAGCGGGAAGACUCCGACUACUCAGAGUCUCCGAGCAUCUACGCAUCCCGGUCCGGUUCCAACCCAAGGUCCAGGUCCCGCUCCUGCUCUCGCCCCCGGUCUCACUUUCGGUCGCCCAGACGGCGAUCUCGGUCGACGCCCAAACAAGGACAGCAGGCAGCACCAGCCACCGCGGCACUCGAAGACAAGGGGCUCCAGCAACACCACCGAAAGGCCAAGGAAGCCUCAAUAAAGAGGACUACCACCAAAGAACACGAGGGCUGGAACGACGUCGGCUUCCACGGCUCCCGCCAGAUCCCGACGCCAAACAUGGACGCCCUGGCCGCGAUGGGCGUCAUCCUGCAGCGCCACUACACGACUCCAGUGUGCACGCCUUCCCGCUCGGCGUUCUUCACGUCACUCUACCCAGCGCGUACCGGUAUGCAAACAUAUCCAAGACUCAUUCACAUAGCUCACCUUGGCUACGACGUACUGACGGCGGCCCCGAAGGUUGCCGUACCACUGACGUUUGAAUUUCUGCCGCAGUGGUUGAAGCGACAAGGAUACAGCACUCACAUGGUGGGAAAGUGGCACCUGGGAUACAAGAGCCUCGAGUACACUCCCACAUGGCGUGGCUUCGACUCCUUCUUCGGCUACUACAACGGUCAUGAAUUUUAUUAUAAUCACACCAUCGAAGAUCAAGUGUUGCGCGGUAUGCUGCAGGAUGAGGGACACUGUGGCCUGGACCUCUGGCGCAACGUCGGCCAUACAACGCAAGCUGUCACCGACCUCAACGGCACGUACUCGACGGACGCGUUCACGGAUGAGGCCAAGCGCAUCAUCGCCGACCACGAUGCUGAAAAGCCCCUGUUUUUGUACCUGGCCUACCAAGCAGUUCAUGCCGCCUGCAAAGAUUGCAACGUAGAGGCACCCCCAGAGAUCGUGGACCAAUAUGCCUACAUCACAGCUUACAACAGAAGUGUCUUUGCAGCCCACUCCAACAUUCCCACUAACAUCAAGCCACGGUCAUGGACGGACUGCCUCACUCCACCACCCCAUGCAACUAACAUUCUCCUGCCGGUGCUUAUCCAGCACCGCCACUCCUUCUGCCAGCUUGUCGCCGCGUUGCCGCGUCGAGACUGCGACGCGUCCCCGCCCUCGUGGCAAGCCCGGACUCGCGCCCUCGUUAAAGCCCUAUGCGCACUCCACGUGAUGGACCGAUCUGUGGGUGAGGUGCUGGCGGCGCUGCAGUCCCGAGGUAUGCUCGCCGACAGCGUCGUGGUGUUCGCCAGUGACAACGGGGGCGCACCGCUUAGCAGCCAAUUAGUUUCCAACGCCGGCAACAACUUUCCCUUGCGCGGCGCCAAGGAAGACGUGUGGGAAGGAGGCGUCCGGACGCCGGCGGUCUUCUGGUACGGACGUCGCCGCGGCCGCCUGCCGCGGCCGCCAUCGCAGCACGUGAUGCACAUCGUCGACUGGGCGCCGACUUUCUACGCGGCCGCAGGUGGAGACGUUUCGGACCUCGGCGACGUGGACGGAAAGAACCAGUGGGAGGCGCUGACUGAGCGCAAAUGCAUCGACCGUGGGGACGUAAUCCUGGAGAUUGAAGGCCGGAACGAGGCGGCGGCCAUCAUCUCCGGCAGGUACAAACUGGUAAACCGCUCCGAGGGAUACUGCGACGCGCUUCUCGACAGUCGAAUUCCCCUGCCGGAAGGAGAACCUCCCGAAGAGCUCGACCUGGACGCCCUCAUGGUAUCGUCCGAGGCCUGGAAAGCUCUGCAGGAGGCGUCCGCCGACUCGGGGUCGCGCCUCCACUCCGCCCCGAGGGCCGACUGGCGCCGUGAGGCAACCGUCACGUGCAGCGCCGACGGGGCAGACGACCUCGCGGUGGACGACUUUGACCCCUGUGCUACCGUCUUCGUGUUCGACAUCUUCAGCGACCCAUGCGAGAUUAACAAUCUGGCAUCAUCCUUACCCGAGGUGCGCGACGAUUUACUAGGUAGACUGACAACGUACCGUGCGACCAUAUUAUCUCCUCGCCCGGCGAACAACGAAGCGGACGAGCGCGGUUACCCGCAAUACCAUAACUGCACCUGGUCGCCCUGGUUAGACGUGGAACCAUCGCCGCGCGCAGAAUGCCCGUGCUGAAAAGACUGUCAUCGCACAACAUACUUCAGACACGAUUAGGUCACCAUGUGACACUACGCGCUAAGCUCUCAUUACUGUCAUAGUUAGCUCUGCCUCAUGAUGUCCAGUGUUUAUAAUAGUAAGGAAAACCUCCCACGCACAACACGAGCAUUUUACCCCCCAGGUAUACUUGAAGUCGCCGUCACCAGGUAACGUCGUCGAACAUGAUCUCCAAUUUGUUGUUUACACCGAACACGUCUGGCACACUGACCAAAUUGCUGUGUUUGUGAGAAGGAUUGGACCAUAGAUCAGUUUUUCGAUGAUUGUCAACAAUUUAUCAACUGGCACAAAAAAAAAACUUAGAAACACCGUUCCGCCUUCUUGAACGUAUAUACCUGUUCUUUGAUACUAUUAGAUGCCUCGACUCUCACAAACAGCGAUGGGAAAAUUCUCACUGGCAUGCCUGACUUGCUGUUGGGUGUUGUGCGAUUGAAUUGCAAAAUGCAGACGAGAACAUGGUUUCUUUUCUCGCCGGAUUUAGUUUCGGUUUUUAUUGUUUGCAUUUCUUAAGAUUUGACUCUUAAUUUUUAAAAAUAUACGCUCGCCAAGUUCCACCACGUUUCGAUUCCUUUUUCGAACGAUGCGCAGUGCUCUGGUAUUGCACUUAGCUCUUCCAGCGAGCACUAGCACACUCUCUAACGCGGUGCGUCUGGUAACGUACUCCAUGUUCGUUUCAGUACUGUCAUUGCCUUGCUGCACUAGAUACGACUGCAUUUCUUUCUGAUUGACGAGCUUUUCGUUUGACCUGACAUCCAGUUUUGACGGCAUUAGAUCUACCACGCACUGGCCUGUGUCAUGCUACUUUUUUUUGCCUAAUUAGGUAAUUAGCGAAGAUUAAUUAACCAACUCCUGAAGCAACGAAGCUAGGGAAAAAAUUUCAAAUUAGAAAGUUGCAGAGUGGCUUGCAAAACGUCCGAAUAAACAGUUUCCGUCUUUCUA